AUGGCGGUACCAGUGUGCUCACUGCCGACCAACAUGAACAGCACCGACAAGCUGAAAGUGAUACUCCUGUGCGGCCUGGUAUUAUCGGUCGCCGCCGAGGAGAAGAAAGCCGAGUCCAGCGCCCAGCCCAAGGAUGAGAAGUCGAAGCGUGGACUGGAGCUGAGUUUAGGCGAUCACGGCGGCUUCGGAGGCGGCUUCGGCGACGGCCAUGGAUUCGGGGGUGGCGGCGGCGGCGGCCAUGGAUUCGGGGGUGGCGGCGGCGGCUUCGGCGGCGGCCACGAGAUCAUCUCCACCGAUCACAUCAAGGCGGUGACGGUGACGAAGCACGUGCCGGUGCCUCAUCCGUAUCCGGUGGAGGUCACCAAGCACGUCCCCUACCCGGUGAAGGUGCCGGUCAAAGUGCCGGUCGAACGCCCAUACCCGGUCCACGUCCCGCAGCCUUACCCGGUCGAGGUGACGAAGCACGUGCCCGUCACGGUGGAGAAACCUGUACCCUUCCCGGUGAAGGUACCCAUCAAGGUGCCCGUCAAAGUGCCCUAUCCGGUCAAGGUACCGGUCAAGGUCCCGGUCGAGGUAACGAAACCCGUACCCUAUCCCGUCAAAGUACCCGUGGUCGUGAAGGAACCUUACCCCGUGGUCGUCAAGCACGAAGAGCACGGCGGCUUCGGCGGCGGAUUCGGCGGCGGACACGACUUCGGCGGUGGACAUGACUUCGGCGGCGGUGACUUCGGCGGAUUCGGGCAUCAUUGA